AUGGUGUUCCUGGGUACGGAUGGCGCAGUUGGAAGCUGCGAUAGCGAUGGCGACUCUCUAUUUGGCGACUCUGCCUCGCUGUUUGGUGAUGGCGAUGACGACGGCAAUGGCUCGACCUCCCAUUUUAUGGAGACGAUACUGCCACCGUCACCACCUGAUUCCUGCAGCAGCAGUACUUCUACCGGCCUAACGCUGCCAGCUCCUCCAAAACCACCGGCACUGCUUCUGCCACCACGAUCAACGUUGGUUCUGCCCAGCCCUCCACCAGUCACUUUGUCACAACCUCAACCAGAAGUGAAUCUGGAAUCUCCACCACAAACCCCGCCAGUCUCUCAAGAACCUGCAUCACCUCUUGUGAGCGCUGAAACGCAACGUCCUGAGCUGCAGCAUACUUUCCCAACACCACCCUGCGAAGGCGCGCAAGCUCAAGGACCAUUAGACGUUAGUACCCACAGCUUUACGCUGAAUGACGAUUUCCAACUGUCUUGGGACUCGGAGCUUAUCUGGCCAGACUGGGCCGAUUUUACUGAGAAAGAUCUCGCAAUUGACUUUUCAUUACCUGAACCAGACUUCGUUCGUGACGCUCAAGCAUGUCCGGACGUACUGCAAAACUGGGACCUCAACUUAGAGCUCGAGGCAUUCCAGGAUCUUGGAGCGAAUCAAUACACGCUCCCAUCAGACAUUCCGCCUGUGGAAUUCCAGGGUGACGUUGAGGCACAUUCGGAUAACUGCAUGCCUCGCCGAAUAGACGGCCCUGACGAUGACCCUGAGAGUCUCGUUCAGUUCAUCCCCGCGUUUACCUUCAUGCGGGAGUUGAGAGAUUUCUUAUCUGACCCUGUCAAUGCGCCGCAUAGGCAGGAGUUGGAAUCUCUGCAGCAAGAGGUUAUGAAGAAAGCUUUCAUCAGGCUUUCGCUCAAGUUCCUUCAACGCAAUCUCAAUGGUCAAGAAUGCCGGGCUCUUCAGUGGUUCGGACUUGUCUCUGUUCCCCAUAGGACACCCAAAUCGCCCAUCUGGCCUGAUGACUCUUCCGAGAUUGUAUGUUGUGUCACGGUACUUCUAUACCAGACCUUCAAAAACUCGAAGCAAAAGGCUCGAGCUGCCAUCACUAGACAACAAAAGAAGAAGUCGAGAAAAAACCAAGUUGCCGAGGGGUCGCCCGCUCAAGUGGACCAACCCCCUGCGAAGAGGCAGCAAGUACAUGGCCCCGUGGAAACCGGGGUGGCGGCCUCUCAUGAUCUUGAAAUACCGGUUAAUAAUAUUGCGCAAGAACCUCAGAUGGUCAUAUGUAUUGACUGA